AUGGCAUCAUGGGAUUUAUGGGAUAAUGCCUGUCUGCCUGGUUGGAUUCACUCUCCUGGAGGAUCUAUUUGCUACAGAAAGUUUGGCGAGUCCUACUCUUACAAUCAGAGUUUGGACAUCUGCAACAGCAAUGGUUCUUAUAUUCUGAUGCCAGGAGACCCACACGAAGACAUGUUCUUCAGCUGGUACCUUAAUAAGUAUCAAAAUUUUAAGAAAAUUUGGAUGGGAUACAAAUUGCAAAACUCGCAUUUCAUCUGGGAGUCUGGGAACCAAGCUAACUACACAGGAUGGGAGGAUGAUGAGCCACAUAGCUGGGAAGAUUGUGCAGUUUAUGCUUCCAACGGAAAAAGUUUCCAUCGCUGGUAUGGACUUGACUGCAGUUUAACUGCUGCUACUUACUGUCAAGACACUAAUUUCCUCAAUACAAUUGAUACCACUACAGUUCAGGACACAACGGUGUCUGAUUCACAAAUGACGACACUUGUCACAACAGAGACAACACCAGGUACCACCCAAACAACACCAGGCACUACCGAAACAACACCAGGCACCACCCAAACAACACCUGGUACCACCCAAACUACACCAGGCACCACCCAAACAACACCAAGCAUCGACCAAACAACAUCAGGUACCACCCAAACAACAUCAGGCACCACUCAAACGACACCAGGCACCGACAAAAUAACAUCAGUCAUUACCAAUUCUACACCAAUCACCACCCAGACAACUCCAGGCAACAUUGAUACAACUCCGGUUAUCACCCAAAUAACUGCUUUGUCGUUUGAUGCUUCAACCCAAAGUGGAGAUAGUACAACAGUGUUUACUGAAGCACAAACAACAAGAGAAAGUACACUAACAUCGAGUACUUCCCAAUCUACAACUGCUUCGACAACGAUGAUCUACAGCAGUACAUCCUUUACAGAUUUAUCUUGUGGUUGUCUCUGUUAUGGAAAUAAAACAAAUAUUACUACAGAGGAAUUACAGGAGAUAUUGAUACAAAUAAAAAGUAACCUUACUGUCGACACUAAAACAUUGUCGUCUGCAAUUCGACAGCUCACGAGCGCUCACGACUCACGGGUAUCUUCAAAAAGCAUCGGAAGUGUAGGAGUAGCUGUACUGGUGUCAGUUAUGAUUUUCUUGUUAUUUCUAGAUCUUGUUCCUGUUAAAGGUGACUGUGUUUUGAUGAAAAAAGGAAAAUAA